UUAAAAGAAGUUGAAGUAGUGACAGGAGAAGAAGAAGAAUCGAAUGUAUUACAUGCUACAGCUAAACUCUAUUUAUUUGAUAGUGAUAAUCAAACCUGGAUUGAGAAAGGUCAAGGUCUCUGUCGGUUAAAUGACAUGACUGCUUCUGAAUCAGACUCAUUUCAAUCUCGAUUAAUUAUGAGAACACAAGGUAGUUUACGUGUUAUAUUAAAUACCCCGAUAUGGUGUGGUAUGACAGUAGAGAGAGCUAGUCCUAAAAGUGUUAGAAUAUCAGCUAUUGUUGAAGAGGAAGGAGUGAAAGUAUUCCUUAUUAUGUCAAAUCCCAAAGACAGUGAGAAUUUACUACGUGCUAUAGAAUGGAGAGUUCAGAGAUUAAAGGCGGCAGAAGAAAGUCAACCAAAAGGGGAAGAAAGAGGCUCCGAGAAAAGAAAAGCCGAUUCUACAGAUUAUGAAGCUGUUGGUAAAAAAUCAAGGUGA